GAAACUCCGGCGGAGUUCGCCGACACCGUCGCUGGAGAUGAUUUGAAACGUAGUCCUCUGAAAUCUGGACUCUACCUAGUUGGAACUCCCAUCGGGAACCUCGAAGACAUCACUCUACGUGCUCUUCGUGUAUUGAGAUCGGCUGACGUGAUACUCUCGGAGGAUACGAGGCACUCGGGAAAGUUGCUUCAGUACUACAACAUCAAAGCUCCGCUUCUCAGUUAUCACAAGUUCAACGAGGCACAGAGAGAACAGAAGGUGUUGAAGAGAUUGAAGCAAGGGGAGAUUGUGGCUCUUAUCAGCGACGCUGGGACACCGGGAAUUAGUGAUCCUGGUACUGAACUUGCAAAAGCAUGUGUGCAAGAGAACAUAGAUGUGAUUCCUAUUCCAGGGCCUUGUGCAGUGGUGGCUGCUCUUUCCGCCUCGGGUCUGGAUACAGAUGAAUUCACAUUUGUUGGAUUUCUUCCUAAGCAUGCCGGAUCGAGGAGAGAGAGGCUGCUGGUUUCAGCAAACGAGAUGAGAACACAGAUCUUUUAUGUUCCCCCGCACAAGCUGUCGCAGUUUCUUGAAGAAACUUCCUCAUACUUUGAUGAAUCCAGACACUGUGUCGUAGCUCGAGAAAUUACAAAGCUGCACGAAGAGUUCUGGAGGGGUACCCUCGGGGAAGCCAAAGAAGCAUUUCUGAUUCGCCAACCAAAAGGCGAAAUAACACUUCUGAUCGAAGGAAAGGAAGAAACUAAAGUCGAAAUGCCAACAGAGUCGGAACUCGAAGAAGAAUUACGAAGGUUGAUCUCUGAUGGGCAAACCCUUUCCUCGGCGGUGAAAACUGUAGCUGAAAGGACGUCGACGAGGAAGAAAACGGUAUAUUCACUUGCGUUGAAGAAGUUCGGGAAGCACAUUGAAGUAGAAGAAGAAGAUUAUGCAAAAUGACCGAAAAGCUUCAGUGGAAGCGUUAACUGCGUUUAACCCAUAGCUUCAGAGCCUUCAACAAAAUCAUUGUGAAAUCCUGACGCUGUUUAAAAAAAAAAAAAAGAUAUGGGAACUUCACAUGA